AAGAAACAUGCCAAAAUAAAAGGAGAAAUGAAGCGGGGUCCUUCUUCUUAAAGCAUCAAAGCUCUGCAAAAAAAAGAAAGAGAAAGAAAGAAAAGGAAAAGAAAAAAAUAAGCGAGAAAAAAAAAAUCUCCUGGCCAAAAAAAAAAAAAAAAGGUUGGAGCCGAGCGCCAAUCAAGUAAAAUGCAACUUUCGGAGGUCGCGGCGCUUGUGGUCGCCCUCAUUGGGGUUUGUGUCUGGACGGAGGACGGGAGCAAAGUUAUCUCGGAUCGCUACGCGGUGUACUGGAACAAAACCAAUCCUAGAUUCCACCAAGGGGAUUACACCGUGGAGGUCAGCAUCAACGAUUACCUGGACAUAUACUGCCCGCAUUAUGAGAUCCCGUUUCCCAUGGACCAGAUGGAGAGAUACAUUUUGUACAUGGUCAACUACGAGGGACACAGUUCCUGCGACCAUCGGCAGAACGGCUUCAAACGCUGGGAAUGUAACCGGCCGGAUUCCCCCAAUGGGCCCCUCAAGUUCUCCGAGAAGUUCCAGCUUUUUACCCCUUUCUCCUUAGGAUUCGAAUUCAGACCAGGACACGAGUAUUACUACAUUUCGGCCACUCCACCUAAUCUGGUUGACAAACCCUGCUUAAAGCUGAAGGUUUAUGUUCGACCAACAAACGAUUCCCUCUACGAAUCGCCAGAGCCCAUUUUCACCAGCAAUAAUUCCUGCUGCAGCUUCACCGUUCCCGAUGCCUUCUUCGUGGUGGUGCCGAUGUUUUGGACUAUCCUCGCUUCCUAGCCCCCCGGCAGAAUGGCAGACGAGAAAAAGGGGGGGGCGGGUGUUCUUUUACAGCGGCAGCUGCAAAAACCAAGGGGAGCGGGGGUGGGGGGGAAACCAUAUCAGAGGAAAGAAUGAGAGGAAGAAGAGGAGUGAACAGGGCGGGUGUUUGUUACCGGAUCAGAAAUGAUACACUUGGGGCGGAGGGGGGGGUGUUGCAAGGAUUUUGAUCUCUGGUCUCUGCCAGCGUCAGGCAAAGAAAUGGCCCUGGUCUUUUUGCCUUUGUGUCUCCUGAAAAAAAAAAAAAGCACCCCAAACUGAGCCAACCCUGCCCCCCCACAUGUCUGAUACAGUACAGAGGAAGGCGAGGGGGGAAGGCUCGGUUUUU